UUUAACUGGUCCCACCGUCUUUUAUCAUAUCGCAUCCUUCCAAAAUGAGGCGUAAAAACCAGUGCAGCGGGACGAUAACUCCCCGUUCUGAUUAUGCUUCAAUUGGUAGAGCGUGUCGAUUGCAUGUCACGUUAGACCCACCUCUAUGGAUCAAACGGAAAAGACCCCACUGAACCCGAAGAAGCUGAAAGGUGAUGAAGUGGAUACAGACCCCUACCAGGAUCUCCCUGUUGACAAAGGAUGGGCUUGGGUCGUUCUUGCAGCCUCUUUUCUCAGUACGGUGCUGGCCGUGGGAUACUUCCGGUCAUUCGGAAUCCUGUUUGUGGAAUUUUUGAAGAUGUACGACGUGCCCACAUCAGUGACGUCAUUGAUUAUGGGAAUCCAAGGCGCAUCACUCAGCGUUGCAGGGUUUAUAACGCAGAGUAUCCUUAUGUCUAAUUUCCACGAAAGGACCAUAGUUAUUGUGGGCGGACUACUGAUGGGAAGUGGGGUCAUGGCUAGCACGAUCGCUAACAGCAUUCCAGCCUUGAUUAUCACACAGAGCAUAAUGGUCGGUUGUGGGUUAGCGAUGGUGAUGGGUCCAGUGAUAAUGAUACUAAACAAAUACUUCAACAAGAGGCGCUCGUUAGCCGUUGCCAUGUCAACCAUCGGUGCCAACGUUGGAGCGAUUGUCUUCCCACCUUUUGUCAGGUAUCUUUUAGACGAAUUUGGCUUCAGAGGAACAUUCAUAAUAACGGGAGCUGUGAUGCUGAACAUCAUGGUUUUUGGAUUAUUCCUGCGUCCAUUUAAUCUGGCGGACAUACGGAGGACGGAGAACGCCAGGAAGAAAUCUCUUAUCAACGACUACCAAACUGGUGCAGCAGAGUGUAUAGAGGAUAGUCCUCUGGACACAGAGAUAAAAGGAACAUCCAAGUCCCCAUCCAUACAGCGAACCCACUCGCAAUCUCCCAAGUCGAAACCUAGAUCACCCAUGCGUCAAAGCCUGCCAGACUUGCUAAUUUAUUCCUGUCCCGUUGUGUGGGACGACGACGACGAAGAUAAUGACGACGAUGUCGACGACCAACCUUUUUUUGAAGGAUCCAAGAAACCUGCAUCAGAAUCUGCGCUAAAACAGGCCUCCGGGAACUGUUUGAGCGUCUUCAAUUUUGCCUUGUUCAAGAAUCCUUUGUUCCUGAUCGUGGUAGCGUGUGCAAUAUUCGGAAUACAUUCGGCCACCACCAUGAACAUCUACAUCCCUGCCCUGGCAAAGGGGAAGGGCAUACCGAAACUGAAAGCAGCCUUGCUGCUGUCUAUCGUUGGCGCCACUGGAAUUGUCGGCAGACUGUUCGUAGGAGUCAUUGCCGAUUUGAGCAUCGUCAAGCGAUCUCUGCUGAUGGCAUUCGCUCUUGCGGCGUCCGGUGUCUCGGCGCUCUGCGCCCCGUUAUAUGAUGAUUUCGAAACGAUGAUCAUUUAUUGCGUCGUGUACGGAUUCUUUGGCGGGUUGUAUUUCAGCCUGCUUCCCAUAGUGCUGGUGGAUUUUCUUGGCGAAAAACAACUAUCGACAUCGUUCGGCUUCCUCCAGCUGUUCAGUGGUGCUUCUAUGGCAGCGGUUAACCCUAUAGCAGGUUGGCUGCAUGACCUAGAAGGGAACUAUGAUGUCCCGUAUCAACUGUUUGGAAGUCUCUCCGUCAUUGCUGGGGUCAUUCUACUGCUGGAGACCUUCAUCACGAGACGCAGGUCAUAAGAGGCGGAAGAUGAAAGAACCGGUGGUGUGGAGGAGUGGGGGCAUCAUGCAUGUUCAUUCACUUUUCAACGGGGAAUCUUCUCACACCUUUUUCAAGCAGGAGGGAAAACUAAGUAGCUUUGAUAGGUGGAGACAUUAUAUGUUAAUUCACUGGGGAGUGGGUAGACAAUGCGUUAUCUUCAACUAAUUUGGGUGAAGCGCUUCCAACGCCUAUGGAGACAGUAAGGAAACUAAAAGGCCUCGAUUACCUAUGCAGGCUGUGGAGGAAGACUAAAUGGCAGAAGUGGUGUACGGAUUGGAACCAAAUGCUUCUCCACUUUACAAAAAUGAUAGCUCAGUGAAAUAAUAAAAUAUUAAAACAUU